AUGUAUCUCCUGACAGCCAUGAGCAUUGAGAGGUGCGUCUCUGUUUUGUUCCCAAUCUGGUACCGGUGUCACCGCCCAAAGCACUUGUCAGGCAUCAUGUGUGGGGUGCUCUGGGCUCUUGCUGGACUUGUUGUUUCUUUGGCUUUCAUUAUUUGUACUUCAUUUUAUCAUCGAGAGUGUGACAAAGUAUUAGAUGGUUUAAGCAUUGCAAAUAUUCUUAUUUUCUUUUUAUUCCCUUUGCUUUCCAACCUGUCCCUCUUCAUCAAACUCCGAUGUGGCUCACAGAGACGACACCCGGGCAAACUCUAUGUUGCUGUCCUCCUCAGUGUCAUCUUCAUGUUCAUCUUUGGGCUUCCUCUCACUGUGGUGAUUCUUAUUCGUUAUUUUGGUAGACGCCUAUAUAUACUUCAGAUUGCUUACCUGCUGGCAUCACUGAACAGCAGCGUCAACCCAGUCGUUUAUUUCCUGGUGGGGAGCUGCCGGCAGCACUGCUUCCAAGGCUCAGUGAAAGUCGCCCUUCGCCGAGUGUUCGAAGACAAAGUGACAAGUGAGGAGGGGAGCCACGUGCGUGGGGAUGCUGCAGUGGAGACCACUGUGUAA